GUGUGUUCAGUCAGUCGGUCUUCAGUCCGUCACUCCGCUGUCAUGUGUCCGACUCUCCCUCCGCUGCUGCCGCUGCUGCUGCUGCUGCUGUCGGCCGGACCAGGGUGUCUGUCCGAGCGGCCGCUGCUGGUGCUGCUCAUCGAUGGUUUCCGCUACGAUUACACCCAGAACCUGACCCGACUGCCGGCCUUCCAGGAGCUGCUGUCCGCCGGGGUCAAGGUGGACUACACCACACCGGACUUUCCGUCUCUGUCUUAUCCCAAUUACUACACUCUGAUGACAGGCCGUCACUGCGACGUCCAUCAGAUGACUGGGAACUACAUGUGGGACCAAUCGUCCAACAAGGAGUUCCUGAUCGGUACCAACCAGGACAGUCGGUUACCCCUGUGGUGGGACGGUUCUGAACCUCUGUGGGUCACCAUGAUGAAGCUCAAGAAGAAGGUGUUCAUGUACUACUGGCCUGGCUGUGAGGUGGAGAUCCUGGGUGUUCAGCCGUCCUUCUGUCAGGUCUACCACAGCAGCCCAUCACAGCAGAACUUCACUGACUCCAUGGUCAGUGCUGUCAGUGUCCUGAGCUCCGGCCAGGCCGACAUGGCAGCCAUUUACUACGAGGACGUGGACGUGAUGGGUCACCGCUUCGGUCCAGAGUCCGCGGAGGUCAGGCGGGCCGUGGAGCAGGUGGACCAAGUGCUGCAGAUUCUCCUCAGCCAAAUCAAGGAGAACCACAUGGAGGAGCGGCUGAACAUCGUGCUGUUCUCUGACCACGGGAUGACCAACGUCCAGUUGAUGGAGAAGGUCAUAGAACUGGACAAGUUCGUCAACAUGUCCGACGUCCUGAAGAUGAUGGACCGAGGAGCCGUGGUCAGUGUGUGGCCCCAGGACGGCAAACACAGAGAGCUGUUCGAGGCCCUGACUCUGAUCCCAAACAUGACGGUCUAUGACAGACAGCAGAUCCCUGAGCGUUUCCACUAUAAGGGAGGAAGGUUCGUCUCACCUUUGACCCUGGUGGCUGACCCCGGCUGGUUCAUUGUAAAGAACAAGCAGAGUCUCCCGUCCUGGCAGAACGGUUCUGCAGGUCGGUACAACGGCUGGCACGGCUACGACAACCAGUUCCCGGACAUGAGAGGGUUCUUCAUGGCUUCAGGACCGGAUUUCAAGCGUAACCAUCAGGGCACUGCCAUUGGAACAGUGGACGUCUAUAACCUCCUCUGCUGGACCCUGGGAAUUGAACCUCUGCCCAACAAUGGCUCCUGGUCCCAGGUGAAGAAUCUCCUGAGGGAUUCUGACCCCUCUCAGCCCGCUGCCCUCUGGACCUGCUCCGUGUGUUUGUUAGGGAUCAUCAUCAUUGGCCUGUGGGAGUAAGACAGUCGUCAACAGUCGUCAACAGUCGUCGACAGUUGUUGUCGGUCGUCAACAGUCAUCAACAGUCGUCUGCCUGUGUCUAAACUUGUUUAUGUUUCUGUUGAUUAUUUGUUUGAUCCAUAUUUGAUUUAAAAAAUAAUUUUUCACAUGUUCAGCUACACUCUGUGUAAACAAACAUCUGAACACUCCUUGGAUUUCUAUGUUUUCGUGAAUUUUCUUCAGAAUAAAUCAAAAACUGCUCUUUAAAA